AUGGCACAUUCCAAUAAUCUGAAGUUUAUACCUUUUCAAGCCCUUGUUCUAAUACUAAUAUGUUUCUGGUCAGAGUUUUGCACUUCCAGAGACACAAUUACAUCUACACAAUCCAUCAAAGACCCUGAAAUUAUAGUCUCCGUUGGAAAGACCUUCAAGCUGGGGUUCUUUAGUCCUGUAAAUACUACGAAUCGUUAUGUUGGUAUCUUGGAUAACAUCCCAGUGACGACUGCUGUAUGGGUUGCUAAUAGAGACAAGCCUUUGAAUGAUUCAUCUGGGAUUGUGACGAUAUCAGAGGGUGGUAAUCUGGUAAUCUUGAAUGGGCAGAAGGAGGUCAUUUGGUCAUCAAAUGUUUCGAAUCCUGUGGCCAAUUCAAGUGCCCAGCUUCUAGAUACCGGGAACCUUGUCUUACGAGACAACUCCAGUGGAAGGAUCAUAUGGGAGAGUUUUCAACAUCCUUCAAACUCAUUCUUACAGAUGAUGAGACUUGGUACUGAUGCAAAGAAAGGUGAGAUGACUCUGCUGACAUCUUGGAAAAGUCCAUCGGAUCCAUCCAUUGGAUCCUUCUCUGCAGGAGUUGAUCCUCUAAGCAUCCCGCAGUUUUUUGUAUGGAAUGGUAGUCAUCCAUACUGGCGUAGUGGUCCUUGGAAUGGUCAGGUUUUUAUUGGAGUUCCAGUAAUGUAUAAAUUAUAUAGUAAUGGAUUUAAUCUUGUUGACGACAAAAAAGGAACUGUUGAUCUAACUUUUAGCUAUGCCAAUGAGUCCAUUGUAAGCUACAUCUUCUUGAAUAAUGAAGGAACUCUACAGGAGAAGUAUCGGUUUGUUGCGAAAGAAGACUGGACCGUGCCGUGGUGGGGGCCAGAAAAUGAGUGUGAUGUUUAUGGCAAAUGUGGUCCAUUUGGAAGCUGUAAUUCACUGGAUUCACCUAUAUGUACCUGUUUAAAUGGAUUUGAGCCAAAGCAUAUGGAGGAAUGGAGUAGAGGAAAUUGGUCUAGUGGAUGCAUAAGAAAGACACCAUUACAAUGUGAGAGAAACAAUACCAUCAAUGAAAAGGUAAAAGAGGAUGGGUUUUUGAAGCUUGAAAGAGUAAAAGUACCAGAUUUUGAGGUGUGGUCACCUGGUCUACAUGACAGUUGUGGAAGUCUGUGCUUGAAUAACUGUUCAUGUAUAGCUUAUUCAUUUUACAUUGGAAUUGGGUGUAUGCAAUGGAGUGGAAAUCUAAUUGACAUACAGAAAUUCCCAGAUGGUGGGGCAGACGUUUACAUUCGAGUGGCAUAUUCAGAGCUUGAUGAAGAGAAGAACAUGAAAACAGUUCUCGCAAUUGCAAUAAGCAUAGGAUCAAUUACCAUUGCAAUCUGUGCAUACUACUCUUGGAGGUGGAUGGCCAAACAAAGAGGUAGUAUGUUCAAAAGAGUUAGCUCAGAAGUACAUACAAAAGUUCAUUGUAGACAAAAACCACUACUAAUUAGUUUCAACAUCAGGAAGGAAGCAGAAAAGUAA